CCCCUCCUUCUCAAACCAUAUCUCCUGAGACUUACAUACGGUAAAAUAAUCCUGCACCUCCGCUUGAUCCGGAAUCGCACCGAUAGCCAUGAUCAGCCGUGAUCCAAGACCUCAACUUGCUUUGCGUGGCGUUGCCUGACCAGCCAGCAGUGGCCCAACAGCAUCCGGUAUGCCUGAAAAGGUGGAUCCGGUGCUCACGAUGCCCACAUUUCUCAGUCUGAUCUGUGAGCAGAUCGACGCUCAGGCUCGAGACGACCCUGACGACUGGUAGUCCGAUUGCACAGAAGGCUGGGGUUGCUGCCCCACCCCCACCAUACUAGAGCUCCCCAGAGCUCUUAUGAGCUCAUCCCGCAUUGACAGCUGUAUUGUAGCUCAACAUUAUUUCUCGCGUCCUCGGGCGUUCUACUAGCUUUUCUUCAAUUCAAAAUACCAUACUGCUCUCACUUUUCCAUACUCAUACACAGCAAUGGCGAUUCCUUUCCGCCAGUCCCAGCGCAAGCAGUCGCGUCAACUGUCAACAGAUCCCCGCAAUGAGCUCCACCCUCAAGUCGACCACUACAUCGGUAUCGAUGUUGGUACCGGCAGUGCCAGAGCCUGUAUCAUGAAUGAUCAGGGAGAUAUUGUUGGACUGGCUUCAGAGAACAUUGGCCUGUGGCAACCACAAACUGGCUACUAUGAACAAUCCACAACAGACAUCUGGCGAUGCAUCUGCUCCUCGGUUCGCCGAGCCAUGGAUCAGCACAACAUCGACCAGAGCACCAUCCGUGGUAUCGGUUUCGAUGCGACCUGCUCGCUCGCAGUCUUCAGAGACGACACGGAUGAGCCUGUCGCUGUCACUGGGCCGAACUUUGACAACAAGGACGGCAACGACCGUAACGUCAUUCUGUGGCUCGACCAUCGACCUGUCGAGGAAACAAACAAGAUCAAUGCCACCAAGCACAACCUGCUUCGCUACGUUGGAGGCAAGAUGUCCAUCGAGAUGGAGAUUCCCAAGGUAUUGUGGCUGAAGAACAACAUGCCGAAGGAGCUAUUCGAUCGUUGCAAGUUCUACGAUCUGACUGAUGCACUCACACAUCUGGCUACUGGCAGUGAGAGCAGAAGCUACUGCAGUGUGGUCUGCAAGCAGGGCUUCGUACCAGUUGGAGUUGAUGGUAGUGUCAAAGGCUGGCAGGAAGACUUCCUCAAGGAGAUCGGCCUCGAGGAUCUAUGCGAAGACAACUUCAAGCGCAUGGGAGGCGUUGAUAAUAAUGGACGCUACCUCACUGCGGGUGAGCUUGUCGGUACACUCAGCGAGAAGGCUGCACAGGAGAUGGGUCUGCAACCCGGUAUUGCAGUCGGAAGUGGAGUCAUUGACGCCUACGCUGGCUGGAUCGGUACUGUUGGCGCCAAAGUCAAGCUCGAUGGGGAUACUCUUGACAUGGACCAGCCCAAGAACGAUGUGUCGCAAGCCUUCACACGUCUCGCAGCCGUAGCUGGAACAUCGACCUGCCACCUUGCCAUGUCCCGCGAGCCUGUCUUCGUUGACGGUGUCUGGGGCCCGUACCGAGACGUCCUACUGCCAGACUACUGGAUGGCAGAAGGAGGACAAAGUGCAACGGGCGAACUGCUCAAGCAUGUAAUCGAGACACACCCAGCCUUCAACGAAGCCGUGUCUGUCGCUGAAACCUACAACACCAACAUCUACGACUAUCUCAACGAACACCUCCUCGAGAUGGCAGAAGCGGAGAAAGCCCCACACAUCGCCUGGCUUGGACGCCACUUUUUCUUCUAUGGUGACCUCUUCGGCAACCGCUCCCCUAUCGCCGAUCCCAACAUGAAGGGAUCUGUCAUCGGUCUGAGCUCCGACAAGAGUCUCGACGGCCUGGCGCUAUACUACUACGCGACCAUGGAGUUCAUUGCCCUUCAAACACACCAGAUUGUCUCCGCGAUGAACGCGUCCGGCCACGUCAUUUCUUCCAUCUUCAUGUCCGGUUCCCAAUGCCAGAACAGUCUGCUUAUGCAGCUCAUGGCCACUGCAUGCGACAUGCCGGUCCUGAUCCCACGAUACGUACACGCGGCUGUGGUGCACGGCGCGGCUAUGCUGGGUGCAAAGGCGGCCAGUACCGACAAGGAUGGAAACAGCGAGCCACUCUGGGACAUCAUGGACAGACUGAGCAAGCCUGGUAAGACUGUGAAGCCACUGGCUGACAAGACGGUCAAGAAGCUGUUGGAUGCCAAAUACAAGGUGUUCCUGGAGCAGUGUGAAGGUCAGCAGAGGUACAGGAAGGAGGUGGAUGCUGCCAUUGAAGGAUGGACUAGCAAGUAAUUCUCACAGCGCGAUGGUAGUCAACGACACGAAGAUAUUAAGAAUGACAUCCAUCAUUAAUUAGAAAUUUAU